AUGUUGAAAAAAUUGAAAAGGCUAAGUAAAAUUGUAACAGCAAUUAUAAAAUUAUCUUUCGUAAACAUGCUUUGGAGUAAUAAUUGCUUCUAUGAAAGUUUAUAGUAAUCAUGUGGGAUCAUGAACAAUUAAAGGGUGAAGCAAGAUGUACGGUUGAAUAUUAAGAAUACUAUAUCAUAUGCUAAACCUUAGCAUGAUAUUGUUUUAAAGAUAGAAUAAUGGCUAAGUUUUAAGCUAAAUUCAAAGACUUUGAUUAAAAUUCUAUUGUGAGAUUGAAGAUUGGUUUGCGCAUGGUAAUGCAAUCCUGCCUUAAAAUUUUUUAUAUAUGCAUCCAGCAGAAUUGAAAUGAUCUUGAUUGCAUAAUCAAUUUAUAUAAGGAUAUAGUUUUUAUUGAAGAGU